AUGAACGACUCAACCAACCAAGAUAUGGCUGUUUCCUUUGAGCAUAGUGAGGAUGAUUAUUAUGAUCUUGAAGAUUAUGACAUGGAUGAAUCUCACUACUUCUAUGUUAUAAAUGCAAUAUUGAGUGGGACAGCUAGGCUCAAUAUUCUCUUACCAACAGUGACAACUCUUGCCUUCAGCAUUUUUGCACCUAUCCUAACCAACGAUGGCGAAUGCAGCGUUCUGAAUCGCUGGUUGACGGGCAUCUUUUUAUUUAUGUUGGCAGUGUCCUGUGUCUUCUUCACCUUCACCGACAGCUUCAUGACGGCCACUGGCAGGUUGUACUAUGGAGUGGCAACAUUUAGAGGAAUAUGGACUUUUUGCGGCAGCAGGAAGAAACCUUGCGUGCCAUCGGAUUACAGGCUUACUUGGUCUGAUUUUUUUCAUGCAUUACUGUCCUUGCUCUCUUUUCUUGUUUUUGCAGGUUUGCACUAUGAUGUUGUGAAAUGUUAUUAUCCUGGAAUGCCUAGGAAGGUGACCAACACUCUUCCCCUUGUGGUUGGUUUUGUAGUGAGCAUCCUUUUUGUAGUGUUUCCUUCUAAGAGGAGAGGGAUUGGUUAUCCAUUUUUGCUGCAAUCAGAUCCUAUGUAUUCUAGACAUUGA